AUGAGCGCACAGACCAACACCUGGGCCCUUAAAGACUUGGCACGCUACCCCACGACGCAAAAGUUUAUCGCAGCUCUCCCACCACAACCACAACCUCCAACUACAACAUCACCAACCCUCAACACCACCCACCACAUACCACCACAUUCCCCCGACCUAAACCCACAAACAAAUAACCACAAUGCCCAAAGCCCGCAAAUCCCACCCCCCCUCCUCCUCCUCAGCAGGGCCCUACGCCCGCCCCCCCCCAGCACCUCCGCAAAAGCCGCCGCCACAAAAGCCGUCAACAACGUCUUCAAGAUGAACACCAACCUCGGCCAACACAUCCUCAAGAACCCCGGCGUCGCGCAAGCCAUCGUCGACAAAGCCGGCCUCAAGCAAAGCGACAUCGUGCUCGAAGUCGGUCCUGGUACCGGCAACUUAACCGUCAAGAUCCUCGAGCAAGCGCGGCGCGUGGUGGCCGUCGAGAUGGACCCGCGCAUGGCGGCCGAGCUAACGAAGCGUGUGCAGGGCCGGCCGGAGCAGAAGAGGCUCGAGGUGGUGCUGGGCGAUUGUAUCAAGACCACGCUGCCGUAUUUUGAUGUGUGUAUUAGUAAUACGCCUUAUCAGAUCUCCUCCCCCCUCGUCUUCAAGCUCCUCGCGCUCUCCCCGGCCCCACGCACCUGCAUCCUCAUGUUCCAGCGCGAAUUCGCGCUGCGUCUCGUCGCCCGCCCGGGCGACGCGCUCUACUGCCGUCUCAGCGUCAACGCGCAGAUGUGGGCAAAAUGCACACACAUCAUGAAAGUCGGCAAAAACAACUUCAAGCCGCCGCCACAGGUAGAGUCCUCCGUGAUCAAGCUGGAGAUCAAGAACCCACGGCCGGCAGUGUCGUACGAUGAGUGGGACGGGCUCUUAAGAGUCGUGUUUGUGCGGAAGAAUAAGACGAUUGCGGCGGGGUUUAAGAGCAGUGCUGUGAUGGGGAUGGUGGAGCGGAAUUAUCGGACGUGGUGUGCGACGGUGGGGGUUGCGCUUGAGGGGGAGGGGGGGGAUGUGGAGAUGGGCGAUGGGGAGGUGGGGGGGGAGGAGGAGGUGGAGGAGAUGGAGGUGGAUGAGGAUGGGAUGGGGGAUGUGAGGAAGGUGUUGGUGAGGAAGAGUAGGAAGGGGAAGGGGAAGGUUGCGGAGCUCGUCAAGAGGAAGGUUGAGAAGGUGCUGGCGGAGACGGAGCUGGGCGAGAAGAGGGCUGGGAAGUGUGAUGAGGCCGAUUUCUUGAAGCUGCUGUAUGGCUUCAAUAAGGAGGGGAUCCACUUUAGUUAG